CAGUACAUUGGAGGAUGGGGGCUCCUGGGGCAGAAUUUGGGGAUGCACCAGGGUUGGCGUUAUGUGGGGGGCCCGUAUUGGGGCGGGGCAUAAUUUAGGGGUGCUCCUCUGGUGGCUGCAUUUGGGGGAAGGGUUCUAGGGGGCACGGGAAUAGUUUGAGGGGUGCUGCUUGCCAACGAAGUGAGAAGGUUUGGGAGGGAGAAGACGGGGUGCAUGGUAGUUCGGAGAGGCUGUUUCCUUGCAGGGGAAUUCAGGGGGUUGUGUUAAUUUGGGGGCUCUAUGCCCAGGAGAUUUGGGGGACUGGGGGGUUCCCCUUAAAUAUGAGGGCUUACCUGUGGAUUUGAGGGGGCUACAUUGGAAUUGGGGGGUGCCCCUGAGGGGGGAGACCCCGCUACCCCCCCCCCCGAGCCAUGUCGUCUUUCGGGGACUCCAACGAGUGGUACAUGGGGUCGCUGAGCCGCCAGCAGGCCGUGGCCUGUCUCCAGGGUCACCGACCCGGCACCUUCCUGGUGAGGGACAGCUCCACCUGCCCCGGCGACUACGUCCUCUCGGUCAGCGAGAACGCCAAGGUGUCUCACUACAUCAUUAACAGCCUGCCGGGCCGGCUGAAGAUCGGGGAUCAGGAGUUCGAGGGACUCCCAGCACUGCUGGAUUUCUACCGCGUGCAUUAUCUGGACACCACCACGCUGGUGGUGCCCGUUUGCCGGGGCUCUGCGGUGCCUGGCCCGGCCCCGCUGCCCCCCGCCGAGGGGGGAGGGGACCCCGUGGCACCACCUGCUGGCCCCACCCUGCCCUGCGAGUGGGUGCAGGCUCUCUACGACUUCGGGGGCAAUGACCAGGAGGACCUGCCCUUCCGCAAGGGGGAUCCACUCCGGGUGCUGGGCAAGCCGGAGGAGCAGUGGUGGACGGCCCAGCGGGUCGAUGGGCGGGUGGGCAUGAUCCCGGUGCCCUAUGUCCAGCCCUGGCGCCCCCAGGCCGGCGUCCUGCUGGGGCCCUAUGCCCACCCCAGUGUAGGUGGCCCCCCGGCGCCCCUGCCCACCCCCCGCAAUGGCCCUGUGGUGGCCAGGGCUGUACAGCGGCGGGUGCCCAAUGCCUACGACAAGACGGCACUGGCUUUCGAGGUGGGUGACAUCAUCACGGUGACGAAGAUGAACAUCAACGGGCAGUGGGAGGGGCAGCUGAAUGGGCGCAGCGGGCACUUCCCCUUCACCCACGUCCAGAUCCUCGAGCCCCAGAGCCCCAAGGAGGCCAGCUGAGCCCCACGACCCCUGAACUGUGACCCGGGGCAGCUGGCUGAGCCCCGUGACCCCUGAACUGUGACCCCUGAAAUCUGACCCCACGGUGGCCGGCUGUGACCUCCUGGUCACCAGAACCUUGGACGGUUGCACUUUGACCCUUCUGUCGAUGAACUUUGACCCUUCAUUGGCUUCCUGGACUUUGACCUGUUGAUUUGUUAUGGGUUGGCGCCUUGGUUAGAGUGUUGACCUUUCACCCUUGGCCUCUUGCCUGUGUACUUCGGCCUUUGGCUCGUUAACCUUUGACCCUUGGCUACGUGAAGCAGACUGUGUGUCAUUCACCUUUCAACCUCACUACAUUGACCUUUGCGCCCCCUGGUUGCUGGCCCUUGGGCCGCCUCGACUUUAACCACUAUUACUUCCGGGUCAUGACCCCCAACCCAUGGUGUAUUUCAUGCAGAUGCUGUUUGCACAUGAAUUAAUGGGGGGGUGGGGAUCCUGGUUCUGACUGAGGUCUGAAUGGCCCUUCCCCCCAUCUCUGAGGUCUGAACGCCCCCACGUGUGUGAUGCGCCCUGUGUCCCUGCUACAUUAAAGCUCCUGGUGAUGA